AUGGGACGAUACGUCCCACCAGACCAGGAAGGUCUCACAACAGGCAACAAGCUCGCCGGGAAACACCCGCUCGGCGCGCGAGCGCGCCACCUCCACACCACGGGCGCCCUGAUCGUGCGCUUCGAGAUGCCCUUUGCCAUCUGGUGCACAACAUGCAAACCCCACGAGACGCUCAUCGGCCAGGGCGUCCGUUUCAACGCUGAGAAGAAGAAAGUUGGGAACUACUACUCCACGCCGAUCUACAGCUUUCGCAUGCGACAUCCCCCCUGCGGCGGAUGGAUCGAGAUCCGGACGGACCCACAGAACACCGCUUACGUCGUUACCGAGGGCGGGCGCAAGCGUGAUACAGGCGACAACAAGGAGCUGGGAGUGGGUGAGAUCGCAAUCAAGCUUCCUGGUGAGGCGAAGGACACGGCAGAUGCGUUCGCGAGGCUGGAAGGGAAGGUGGAGGAUAAGAAACGGACCGAGACGGAGCAGAGCCGCAUACUGGAAUUGAAAGAACGACAGCAACGUGAUUGGCAGGACCCAUAUGAGAAAUCCCGGCUCUUGCGGCGCACCUUUCGCGCUGAGCGGAAGGUCCUGGAGACUGCGGAGGCGAAGCGCGAGGCGUUAAAGGAUAAGAUGAGUCUGGGGAUUGAGCUUGUUGAUGAAACAGAGGAGGACCGUUUGCGUGCGGGAAUGGUCGAUUUCAAGACUGGACUGGAUACUUCCGCUACGCGCACACGCCCUAUGUUCGAAGCCAAAGCAUCAUCCUCGUCGAUGAAGGGUACCCCCGGCAGCAAUGAAAAUGGGAAGAAGGGGAAGAAGGUCAAGACUGCGGAUAUUACGGCAGAACGCAAAGCCAUGCUUCGCAGUGAGUUGGCUGGGAACACCCGCGCGGCCAUCGAUCCGUUCCUCAGCCAUGAAGGUGAUAUCUGGCAACCGGUGUCCAAAAGGAGGAAAUCAGGACCGAAUAAAGUGGCCGACGCAAAAGCGGAUACUGAUGGAGAUACUCCCGCCGGAGGUGAAGGUCCAGGAACGACAACUCCGAGUGAAUCGUCCACGGAACCAGUAACCAAUUCGACUGCUCCUACGACGACUGCGCUUGUUGAUUAUGGUUCUGAUUCUGAGUGA